ACGUAACGUCAAAAUAAUGUCAAUAUCGUAGGUUGUAAUUGUUUUUUCUCUUUAAUAAAUUAUUGCUUAUCGUGGAAACAUGCGGACUUUAGCACUUGGUUAAACCUUUAGUAAAUGUACUAUUGUGUAUUAUAAAAAAAACAUUCACAGUUAAAAACGUUCACUUGGUGUUGAAGGUUUUCGAUUUCUUUAUUGGUUGUAUUGCGACAAAGAAAUAUGGGUAAUAGGGCCUCUGUUCUUCUUAGAGAAGAAGAAAUCGCUCAAAUUCAACAAGAAACUGAAUUUACUCCAAAUCAAAUAGAGAGGUUAUAUUCACGUUUCACGUCUUUAGACCGAGGUGACUGUGGGACAUUGAGCAGAGAUGAUUUCUUACGAAUACCGGAACUAGCAAUCAAUCCUUUAGGAGAAAGGAUUGUUAAUUCUUUCUUCCAAGAUGAUGGUUUCAAUGAUCGUGUAAACUUUAGACAGUUUAUGCGUGUUUUGGCCCAUUUUAGACCUGUGAAGAAAAAUAAAGAAAAUAAACUAAACUCUAGGGUGCAGAAAUUAAAAUUUGCAUUUAAAAUGUAUGAUUUAGACAAUGAUGAUAUGAUAUCUCGAGAUGAACUUCUUGCAAUCUUACAUAUGAUGGUUGGUGCUAAUAUAAGUGAAGAGCAACUCACAAGUAUUGCAGAAAGGACAAUUUUGGAGGCAGAUGAAGACAAAGAUCAAAUGAUAUCCUUCGAAGAAUUUUGUAAAGCCCUACAAAGAACAGAUGUGGAACAGAAAAUGAGCAUCAAAUUCUUGAGUUAAGAAUAAUACUUUAAUACUAAGAAAUCUUGUUUUAUGGUUUGAUUUUAUGGUGAAGUAUAUUUAAAAAGUUUAAUAACCAGAAUCAAAGUAUUGAUUUACUAACCUGUAUGAAUUUAAAGGAUAUACUU